GCCUAGUCAAAAUUGAAUUACAGAUAUCUUAAAUUAGAGUUUUGACUAGGCGAAAUUACGUUUCAGAUAUCUGUAAUGACAAAUUAUAGGACCGCCUCCCACUUUAGACGGGAGCGGAGCAGGUCGUUGUCGUUAAUCAUCAUUCACACAAUACACCUGUGUUCACUGAUUACGUCGGUCCACGGAUCAGUUUAGUACCAUGUCACAGCAGCCGGCAGUCGAGGGGGUCGGGGUUUUUAACCGUAUUUUUAACGCUGCAGCCCGUGCCAGGCAGGAGCUGGCAACGAGCAAUGAGGAUUCCCGAUUACUUUCUUCAACGAGAAGACUAUUUCGCCGGGAAGUUCCACGAGUUCGGGGUAAGUUUGGCCAUUUGCUAGCUAGCAGAAUAUGCUAGCAGAAGUUCGGGGUAACGUUAGCUGUUAAAUAUGUUAACCUAUCUUGUUUUUCCGGGUUGACUAUCGUGCUUCGUUAUCGUUACUAUAAAGUUAUUUGCAGCAUAAUUCACAGCCUCAUACGUAUUUAAGUGUAACGUUAAUUCAGCUGCUACCUCAGGGAUUCCCAAUCUGGUACGUGAGCUGCUAACUUGCUAGCUGCUAGCAGGGGGGUCAUCCCUAUGUUCCCCGUUUUUUUUAAAAAAAGGCUCCUAUGUUCCCCGCUUUUCCUCAAAAAUGUGAGAUGAAAAGGGCAAUGUCGGAAAGGUGUUAAAUUUACUUUUCAAAUCUUAUUUAAUUACUGCACUUUGAUAACAUUUAAUGCUGGUCUCUCGACUUUAUCCUUAUAAUGUUGGACUUAUUUGCACUACCACCAUGACUGGCUAUUGCUAGACCAAGCUCAACUGUAGCAUGUGCAAAAGCUGCAGGGCGAAAUCAAAUCGCCGGAAGAUUGGGCUGGGGGUUACACGAAGGGGAAACGCAGAUAUUUCCACGGGGUUUGGCCUCUAAUUUACACAAACACUUUUUCUUCUUCUCUUUUUUUUUAAUCACAAAACUAUUCUCAAAAUGAGCGUCGGAAUUACGGCAUGGCACCAUUAUAAAAGGUAUACACUACAGUAAGCGGUAAUAUGGUGAGCCGUUCCAAGAGAUCCGGCUCACUAAAAAGAGCCGAAAUUCCCAUCCCUAAUUCCCUGGUUGUUUUUAUCAUUGGUGUGACCAGAAUUUUUUUCAAUAUCGCCGUUUUUCAGAAUACCCUGCUGCUAUGUAUAAACAUGGCCUAACCAUGACGCACUUUAUAAUAGAGCACCUUACCACCCACUGAAUCACAGGGUCAGUCCCUCUCUGCCUGCAUGCCAUACACCCCUCAGUACAUUCAUGUGAACUUUUUAUUUGUUUUAUUUAGUAUCUUAUUGUCCAUAUUAUUCAUAUAGAUUUUAGCGAAGAGUGACUGACAGUUAUGUAUUUGUGUUUACAGGAGGAUCUGGUGGCCGCAGGGAAAACCUUAUUUGGCAAGCAAAGCUUUUCCUCCUUCCAGGGCCAGAUAGUGAUUUUCUGCCCCCAACAAAAACACUUGAUGAACUUGCUAAACUUCGAUUAGGUAAUGUGAGAUUGAAGCACAUAAGAAUUGAGUGUUAUUUACUUUUACACCUUAUUAUCCAACCUUCUUGCCAAGAAAACUAUGGAACAAGCUUUUUUCAUUCUAACUUGAGCCUGUCUGGUCCCAUUUGUAAAACUGUGUAUUGGGAGACAUUUAAUUAUGUUAAAAUACAUUUAGCAUUUGUUUUAAAGAAAUAUUGUAGAGCUGUUUACUCUUUAAUGCAUUUUCAUAAAAGUUUCCAUGUAGCCAUUUUAAUAAAUACACCUAUGCCCUUCCAACACUUUCUCAUGCCAAGAUAUCAUUUUGAAAGUGUUGAGGAAUAUCUCCCAAUGAAUCAUUUUGCAUCAGCUAUCUAAAGUUAGUCAAUGGUGGUUAUGGUUAGUGUGGGUUCUAGGUGGUGCAUUCGGAGGCUCAGCUACACCAUAUAUCAUAUGUUAAUGUUCUUUCACAUAUUAUGCUCAGAGGCUCAACUGUGUGAUGCCCUUGGGAGUGAAACCAGGCUCCCUCAUCUCAGUCAUAUACAAAUUUUGUUUAGCUUUAAACUUUGUAGAAGCACAACUUAUCAUAGGUUAGCUGUGGAAGUCAUACAGGUCUACUUUAGUGGUUGGCAACACUGAUUAUCUCUGAAAAUAUGACAACAGUUUGGAAGCCUUGAUUUGUGGAAUUUAUCGUCUUUGAAACUGUCUUCGCGAACAUUGUAGGAGUCUGGGCAAGAUCUCUAAGGACAGUUUGCGAGGAUUCCUGAAAUAUCGGGAAUAUAGUAUUAGCAACUAAUGGCUGAGUUACUUUGCCACUAGAAGCAGAUUAUACUGAUGUUUACAUUUCCAUUUUUAGGAAAACCUGUGCAAGAUUCAGCAGACAGCCGCACAAACUCGAAGAUUGGGUUGAACUGGAGUCUAGCGGAAUUAAACAGCUUUGUUUGUCACAGCUACCCUCACAUAAGCUUAAAUUUGGUUGGGUUUGAAUUGGCAAGAACAGGCAAAGGACGCAAAAUCCAGAUAUUGAAUGUUAGUUCUGUGAGGGAACUAAAAACAGCUGUUGGCAAAAGCAGACUUUACAUCGUGCCACGAGCCACUGUCUUGCAGGAAACCUCACCACCCUCAGCCAUGUCCCAGAAUUCAUUCCCACCACUCUCUGCAGCUCCAGCAGCAGAUGAGACCUCACAGGUGGCUAAGGAAAAUGUGGUUUCAGAUCAGGUGGCAUCCACAUCCUCUGCCAUAUCCAUGGUUUCAUUCCCACCACUCUCAAUUGCUCCAGUACAAGAUGAGACCGCCCCUUUGGCUGAGAGUACCCAAGCUCAAAGUGUGGUUGCAAAUCGGGCUCUUCAAGAAUGGCAAGCAAUACGUGCCCAGCAAGACCAGGAAUAUAAUGACAAUUUGUUGGUGGAUCAGGAGAAGGAGAGGAAGAAACUAGCCUAUCAGGCCUGUGAGGAAAGGCGUCAAAAGGCUAUUGAAGCAAGACAUCAGCGUCUAUCUGCAUGUGAGGUACCCUCUGAUGGGGUGUUGAUCAAAUUUAAAUAUCCAGAUGGACACCUCAACAUGAGGAAAUUCAGCUUGUGUGAGCCAAUUCAGACCUUGUUUGACUUUGUGGGACAAGAUGAUGGUGCCAGUGAAAUCUUUGUGGUACAAGAAGCCACAUCAUCAAGAUCAAUUGAGAGCAGUUCCGCCGGGUCAAUAAUUGAUCAUGGCAUAAAACCAUCCUCAACUCUUUACGUUCUUUGGUUUUCAAAUCACCAUGUACAGGAAAUUCUCUCAGGUCAACAAAAUGAUGGAGCUCAUGCCCUAAACCAUACAUCUCCUGGUCAGUCGUCGCUGUCUGAGCCCUCAACCCAGCAAAGUCUCUCUGUGCCCUCUCUCCAGUCUGAGCCCUCAACCCAGCCAAGUCUCUCUGUGACCUCCACCCACUCACUGCUGUUUGAGCCCUCUCUCCAGCCUCUGCCAUCUGAGAACUCUAUCCAGUCAUCGCUCACUCUGAUCUCACAACCGCAAGAAAUCCUGACUGAUGAAGAACCAUCACUCCCUCCUUCACCUGUCCAGGAACCAAUCAUUGAUCUUGAUGAACAAGAGGAGACGGUUUCACAAAAUCAGUCUCCUGUAUCAACACAUCACCUUAGAGGACCUGUGGAUGAGAUUGAUCUACAGACCAUAUUGAAAAAACUGGUCAGCAAAGUAGAUGACUGCUUCUCUCCAACAACAAGCAACCAAAUAAAUGUGUGCAGGGACAAUGUUUUACCAUGUAGCCUGCGGGCGUUUAAGCGGAAGUCCUUCGACCCUGAAGCAAGACUGGAUGUUGUCUUUGUGGAUGAAGAUGACAAUGGUGAAGGGGCAGUUGACGAAGGCGGCCCGACCAGAGAGUACCUAAGGCUGUUGAUGAGGGCCGUCCACCAAUCAAACAUCUUCGAUGGACAUGAGAAAGACCGGCAGUUGCGUCUUGAUACGCAAGCUUUACAGAGUAAACUGUACACCUGGGUGGGGAAAAUGAUAGCUGUGUGCAUCAUUCAUGGAGGAGUUGGUCCACAUUUCUUCUCGGAAAGGCUUUUCCGGCAAAUCUGUGGAAUAGAAACGACCCCGGCCACGGUCGAUGAAGUUGGCGACCAUACUUUUAGGGAGCAGUUGAUGAAAAUACAGGAUGCAACAACAGUCAGAGAGGCAAACAAUGCAAUAACAGAGGCAGCAGAUAGUCUCAGUAUUAUAGGUGCCUUGAGACAUGUGUCCAGCCUGGAAGAGAAGGACUCCCUUGUCCAGUCAGCUGCUGACUUCUUUGUCAACGGCAGAUUGGCGACUGCCCUGGACCAGUUUGCUGAUGGGUUAAAAACCCUUGGAUUAUUCAAAGAGAUGAGGGAGAAUCCGGCCGUGUUCUUCAACUUCUUUGUCAAUGAGGAAAUUCCCCUUCAGGCGAAGGACCUGUGCAAGUUAUUUGUUCCAGACUUCUCAGCGCAGGGCAGCAACCGGAGAAACCGAGAAAAUAUGACAAUCUGCUUCUGGCGUGACUGGUUGAUUGACAUAGAAGAAGGAGAAUGCAGUCCAGUCACCCUUGAGAGGGUUUUGGAAUUUUCGUCUGGAUCCUCUGUAGUCCCUCCACUGGGAUUUCCACACCCUCCUCAAAUACAGUUCAUUCAUGAAGAGAACCGAAUCUUCCCUGAAGCAAACACGUGUAUUGUUACACUAUGCCUGCCGCUGCACUCUUCUUAUGAAUGGUUUAAAAAACAUAUGAUGGAGGGAAUUUUGCAAGCGCCGACCUUUGGUCUUGCAUAAUGUUACCGUGUUUGUUUUUAAAAUUGUUCAGUGCAGGUUGUUAGAGGGCAUGCCUCUAUUGUUCCCAAUUGUUUUCUACAUUCUAGUUUUACAAGUGCUCUUUAACUUGGCACUUGUUGUUCUAAUCACAACCCCAUCACCAGAUUUGUGCCCACCCUCUGCCACUCUGCCAAUGCUGGGCCCACGACACAGGCCACAAUGCCUGUUAGUUGGGCAUCAACCACAGCUGCCAUCAAGUGCCAAGUGCACUUGCACCUUCACUUUUAAUGAUGUGGUACUCUGUUAAUGUUAUGUCCAAUUUCAUGCACUUUUAAAUAUUUUCUAUGUCCAAAUCUUACAAGUGCUCCUUGCCUCUGUGGCACUUGUUGUUCUCUUUACUGUGGUCAUCCCCACUUGCUGCACUCUCAAUAAAGUGGUCAGUGCUACAAUGA